UCACCUUCCCCUCGCCAUGGGACACGGCUGCGCUGCCACCGCGGCCCCGGCCGUCACAUGAGUGGCCCUGGCGGCCAGGCAGGCGCCGGGCAGGCAGGACACCCUGCUCCCCUCUGGGCAGGACACCCUGCUCCCCUCCGGGCAGGACACCCUGCUCCCCUCUGGGCAGGACACCCCAAGCCCCUCCGGCCAGGACACCCCGAGCCCCUCUGCAGCUCAGCAUCCCCAGCACAGCUCCUGCCUGGGACACCUGGGACAAGGCUGACAGCACCAGCCUCGGCAGGGCUCACAGGCUUGGGGUGCUGCCACCAAGCCCUCGGGAACCUCCAGAGAGGACAGGGACCCCUCUUGGGCCAGGGCACCACGCAGGAGCAGCCAAGAUAACGCGGAGACUGCGGCCGCCGCCAUGCCCGACUCGCCGGCCGACGUGAAGACGCAGGCCCGCUCCACGCCGCCCAGCAUGCCCCCGCCCGCCGCCCAGGGAGCCUCGCGCCACCCCUCCUUCACACCCAGCACCAAUCGAGACGCUGGCCCUCCGACGUUUCUGCCUCGCGGCCGUUUUCAUGGUUGCUUGAAAUGGUCGAUGGUCUGUCUUUUGAUGAACGGGAGCAGCCACUCGCCAACCGCCAUCAAUGGGGCUCCAUCCACCCCCAACGGGUUCAGCAACGGGCCAGCCACCUCCUCCAGCGCCUCCCUGUCCACCCACCAGCUCCCUCCAGCCUGUGGUGCCCGCCAGCUCUCCAAGCUCAAGCGCUUCCUCACCACCCUGCAGCAGUUUGGGAAUGACAUCUCCCCCGAGAUCGGGGAGCGGGUGCGCACCCUCGUCCUGGGGCUCGUGAACUCCACCCUCACCAUCGAGGAGUUUCACGCCAAGCUCCAAGAGGCCACCAACUUCCCGCUGCGACCCUUCGUCAUCCCCUUCCUCAAGGCCAACCUGCCGCUGCUGCAGCGGGAGCUGCUGCACUGCGCCCGCAUGGCCAAGCAGACCCCGGCCCAGUACCUGGCCCAGCACGAGCAGCUGCUGCUGGACGCCAACGCCUCCUCUCCCAUCGACUCCUCCGAGCUGCUCCUGGAGGUGGGCGAGAGCGGCAAGAGGAGGACGCCAGACAGGACCAAAGAGAACGGUUUGGACCGAGACCCCCUGCACCCCGAGCACCUCAGCAAGCGGCCGUGCACCAUGAGCCCAGCGCAGCGCUACAGCCCCAGCAAUGGGCUGAGCCACCCCCCAAACGGGCUGGGGCACCCCCCCGCCGGCCCCCCCCUGCCCCAGCACUACCGCCUGGAGGACAUGGCCAUGGCACACCACUACCGGGACACCUACCGGCACCCCGACCCCCGGGAGCGCCAGCGGCCCGCCGCCGUGCACGGGACGCGGCAGGAGGAGGUGAUCGACCACCGGCUCACGGACCGGGAGUGGGCGGAGGAGUGGAAGCACCUCAACAACCUGCUGAACUGCAUCAUGGACAUGGUGGAGAAGACGCGGCGGUCGCUGACGGUGCUGCGGCGGUGCCAGGAGGCCGAUCGAGAGGAGCUCAACCACUGGAUCCGGCGCUACAGCGACGCCGAGGACAUGAAGAAAGGCAGCCCCCCCUCGGCACGCCCCCACAAUUCCUCCUCUGCUGCUGAGGCUCCCCAGUUAGACGCUCACCGGGACUUUGCGCCGCGGCCGCUCUCUGGGUACAUGCCCGAGGAGAUCUGGAGGAAGGCUGAAGAAGCCGUGAACGAGGUGAAGCGCCAGGCCAUGUCCGAGCUGCAGAAGGCCGUGUCGGAUGCCGAGCGCAAAGCCCACGAGCUGAUCACCACGGAGCGCGCCAAGAUGGAGCGGGCCCUGGCCGAGGCCAAGCGCCAGGCGUCCGAGGAUGCCCUCACCGUCAUCAAUCAGCAGGAGGACUCGAGCGAGAGCUGCUGGAACUGCGGGCGGAAGGCGAGCGAGACGUGCAGCGGCUGCAACACCGCGCGCUACUGCGGCUCCUUCUGCCAGCACAAGGAUUGGGAGAAGCACCACCACGUCUGCGGGCAGACUCUGCAGGGGCUGCCGGGCCCCGCCGCCCCCGGGCCGGGCCAGCCCGACGGGGUGCCCGCCAUGGCCAGCAGCCCCAGCGAGACGGGCUCGGUGGCCGCGUCCCGCGCCGGCACUCCGGCCACGCCGGCGCCGCUGGACAGCGCGUCCCGCUGAGCCGCCCUCGGGCUGCCAGAGCCACGGACUGACUGCACCCCGUGCAAUUUCCUCAGCUACCUGACUCGUGUGACCUCCGAAACGACCUCUCUAGCUCUCACAACUAAUCCUCACGGAUCCUCAAACUGGGCUUUAAGUGGAGUUAAGGCAAAUACCGGUCUCUGUUCUUUCUUCAGUCUUUGUUUUGGCUUUUUUCGGUUGGUUUUCUGUCGGUUGGGGGAUUGUGGUUUGGGAUUUUUUGGGUUUUUUGGCUGUUUUUGUUUUUCUUUUUUGCUCUUUGGAUGAGGGAUUUGGCUCCAGCAUCACCAAGCAGUGCUGUGGGGAGAGACCAGCCUGAUCCCAUCCCCCAUCAACGCUGCCGAGGGGCUCACUUGGAGGAGGAAAGAACCUUCUUUUCUUCAUCUCUCUCUUCCUUUUUUUUUCUUUUUACCUUUUUUUUUUUUUUUUUGUAAAAAAAUAAAGAAAAUAAAAAAGAAAACGUCGGACUCUUUGGCUUUAAGUAAGAAAUUGUAAAAAAGAAAAAAAAAGAAAAAAAAGAAAAAAAAAAAAAGGAAAAAUCCAAAAACCAGACGACGCGUGACGGACGCUCACCUGUAACUACCUUGCUAGCUAGCCAAGAACAGACCAGACUCACCUCUGCUCCAAAGGAAAUCCAAAACCAAGGAAGAUCCAAACGUCUCUCCACUGCCAAAGUUCGUUUCGUUCUGUUGUCGCUUCCUUCCCCUCCCCACAAGGAUGGAUGGACAUGCCCCUGGGGCUUUAAAGAAUUUCUAUUAAAAUAAAGCAAAAAAAAAAAAAAAAAAAAGUGUUUUUUUACUAAAACCCCAACCCCCAAGGCGUGGGAGGGGGAGAUGGGGCUGAGAACCGCAGCCGGAGCCGGCACAUCUCUACCUCUGCCCGCCACCACCCUGGAAAAGGAGAACAAAAAGGAGAUUAAAAAAAAAAAACAAAAUAAAAAAAAUUAAAAAAAGGAAGUUAAAAGACAGAAUUUGGGUUUCUCCCUCCCCGAAGGCGUCGGGGGACCCCCAUCCCUUCACUGCCAGGCUGCUCCCACGCCCCGCGCUGGAUUUGUUUCACAAGGAUUUUUAAGAGGAAAAGGAAAGGAAAAGGAAAGGAAAAGGAAAGGCAAAGGAACGCUGCCGCCUUCCUGGCCAAGGACAAUGUGGAUUCUUUGGGAUUCUUGCCUCGCUGGAGCGGCACGGAGGAGGAAGUGCAAUAGGGGAAGUGCGAGCUCCGAGCGGAGGCAGCAGUGCUGUGCGCUAAUGUGAAUGUAAAUAGUGUCUGCAGAGGUCCAAAAAUGAACCAUAAUAAUAAUAAUGCUAGUGAUAAUAAUAAGAGACGUUUGCCAAAUAAAGGAUGAGGAGGAAGCGUGGAGCCGUGGCGCUGGCCCGAGCGAGGCCUGGCAUCGAGAGGAGCUGUAGUUUUUCUGCAUUUGCAAAACCCAUCCUGUGUGUUUUCCGUAGGGGAGGAAGAGGAGGGAAGGGCUCCGGGCUGGGGGGUUGUGCUGCCGGUCACAGGGCUGGGCUGGGCCACAGCAGAGCUUGGGAUGUGCCAAGGGUGAUGUCACUGGCCCUGUGCCACUGGCAUCCAGCCCUGCUGGGUGUUCUGUGCACCCCAAGGCCUUGGUGCAUCCCCUGGGAGGGCUCUGCUCACCCUAAAAUCUUGGUGUGUCACCUUGGAUGAGUUCUGUGCACCCUGAGACCCUGGGGGGUUUCUGUGCACCCUGAGAUCUCUCUGAAUCCUCCCAGGGUUCCUCUUCUGAGGUCUCGGUGCAUCCUCCCAGGAGGUUUCCCUGCACCCCAAGAUCUUGGUGCGUCCUCCUGGGAAGGUUCUGUGCACCCCAAGGUCUUGGUGCAUCUCCCCAGAGGUUUCCUGUGCACCCCAAGGUCUUGGCACAAGCCCGGGGACGUUUCUGUGCCCCCCAAGACCCCGGUGCACCCCCUGGGUGGUUUCUGUGCCCCCCCCAACCCUGGGAGCUUUGCCGGGUGCCCCUCCCGUGACUGUUCACUUUAUUUAUGGUGUGACAUAUGUAAUAUUGUCUAUUUUUCUUACGUUUCCUGAGAAGAGGUAAUAUAUAAGAGUAUUGCAGAUGCCCCUGCUCGCCCGGGUGUGCGGCCCGUCCCCGCCGUGUCCCCGCCUGUCCCCACCUGUCCCCGCGCGCCCCCGGCCCCGCUCCUGCCGGGGCUCUGCCUCUCUACCUCCACCUCGCCGGGAAACCGGGGGCGAGAGCCCUUCCCCAGGGACUGCUCUCCUUUCCGCUCCACUCCCUGCUGGUUUGCUUUUUUUCUUUUUUCUUUCUUUCUUUUUUUUUUUUUUUUUUUUUUUUUUUUUAAUUUUAAUUAAGAAUAAAACUACCCUACAGAACCUUGCAUUGAAACCAAAAGCCGAGGGAGGGGAGGGGGGGGGACGGCGGUGACGGGCGGCCAAACCAGAACGACAGCUUUAAAUGUCAGAUUUCCCAAAAAAAAAAAAAAGAAAAUUGUGCUGCGGGGAGGACGGAGCGGCCGCGGGGCUGCAGCGAUGCUGUGGGUGCUUCCCUGGGGGUUUGCUCCGAAAUGGUGGUGGUGGGGGCCAAGGGACGUGUGCCACGUGCUGUGCCCCUUUGGUGGCACCUCGGGGAUGGCAGCGUGGUGCUGGCACAGCCUGGCCGGGGCGGGGGCUGGGGGGGAGCCUGGGGACACGGGGUGCCACAGCAGGUCCCCGUGGCUGCUCACAGCUCCCGGGUGUCCUGCUCCCGUCACGGCUGGGGCAGGGGGACGGUGCUGGGGACACGGGGACAGCGUGUCGCAGGUGCCCGUGCCCGUGCCCGCCAGGAGGCAGAGCCCAGGGCGCUGGGUGCUGGUGUGGCACCGAGCUGGGAGGUGGCAGGAGGGACGUGGCUCUCUGAUGCCUCCCGCGGCACCAGGGUCCCCUCUCCAGCCCCUUCCUCUCGUUCCCAACCCAAAAUCCCAGCUGAAACCAAAGUGCCACGUCCCGGCGAGGCUGGAGCAGGGGUCCCACACCUGUCUGGCUUUUGCUCCAUCACUGCCAGAGCCCCCCAACUCCCCCUGAAGCAUCUCCUCUUCCUCCUCCUCCUCUUCCUCCUCCUCCGGGGGCUGCUGGGGUCUCCCUCUGCAUCCCAGUGGCUCUGAGGCUGGGGACGAGAUGCCACUGUGUUCCCUGGUCCCAGGCACUGUGAUGGGGUGUCCCCCGUGCGGUGGCAGCCCCGGGGGCUCCUGCGAUGUCCCCGAACGCCACGGCCCCGGCAGGGAGGUGGUGCCGGUGUCCCCCGUCCCCGCCGGCCGCGGCAGCACCGCUUCGCCGAGCCCUGCGGGGCUGAGCCCUGCCCGUGCUGCCCUGCCAGCCCCAGGAUGGGGACACCGGGGACCUGAGGGGCUGGAAACCAGAGCCCCCCGCCCGGGCCAGGCGUGGGGCCAGCCCAGAGAGAUGACGUGUAGGACUUUCCUUCGGCAUGCUGUCCCCCCUUGCUGUUCCCCGCUUUCUCUAAGUGUACUGUAUGUUUGACCUGUGAAAGAUGUAAACUUUAUGAUUCAGGUUAUGUCUGUUCUUAACUCUGUAUCUGUGUAAUAAAGACAAUUUAAUAUCAA